CGGGGCUUUUGGGGCGGAGCGGCCACCAUCUUGGAACGGGAGGCGGAGCAGAGCCGACUGGGAGCGACCGAGCGGGCCGCCGCCGCCGCCAUGAACCCCGAAUAUGACUACCUGUUUAAGCUGCUUUUGAUUGGUGACUCUGGUGUGGGCAAGUCGUGCCUGCUCCUGCGGUUUGCUGAUGACACGUACACAGAGAGCUACAUCAGCACCAUCGGGGUGGACUUCAAGAUCCGAACCAUCGAGCUGGAUGGCAAAACCAUCAAACUCCAGAUUUGGGACACAGCUGGUCAGGAGAGGUUCCGGACCAUCACUUCCAGCUACUACCGGGGGGCUCAUGGCAUCAUCGUGGUGUAUGACGUCACUGAUCAGGAGUCCUAUGCCAACGUGAAGCAGUGGCUGCAGGAGAUAGACCGUUACGCCAGCGAGAACGUCAAUAAGCUCCUGGUGGGCAACAAGAGUGACCUCACCACCAAGAAGGUGGUGGACAACACCACAGCCAAGGAGUUUGCAGACUCACUGGGCAUCCCCUUCCUGGAGACGAGUGCCAAGAACGCGACCAACGUGGAGCAGGCGUUCAUGACCAUGGCUGCUGAGAUCAAAAAGCGGAUGGGGCCUGGGGCCGCCUCAGGGGGUGAACGGCCCAACCUCAAGAUUGACAGCACCCCUGUGAAGCCGGCUGGUGGGGGCUGUUGCUAGGAGGGCCGUGUGAGCUGGGACAGGAUGGGGCACCUUCUCCAGAUGAUGCCCCUGGAGGGGGCAGGAGGUGCCUCCCUUUCCUGGGGCAUUUGAGUCUGUGGCUUUGGGGUGUCCUGAGCUCCCCAUCUCCCUCUGGCCCAUCUGCCUGCUGCCCUGAGCCCCAGUUCUGUCAGGCCCCUUAGGGAGGAAACCUGGGGCUGGGCUGGGGGCAGGGCUCGCUCUGCUGCUGCCUCUGGGUAAUGUUAAGAGACACCCUAGCACACACCCUUCUUUGGGGUGAGGGCUCCUCUGUCCCGCCCCUGCCCCCCACGUAUGCUGCAGUGGGUUUCUCCUCUUGCCCCUUUUCCUUUUCUUCAGCCCUUCCCCAAGAGCCGAAGGUUCUCUGGCCUCUACUGCCUCUGGCCACUGUCUGCGCCUAGGGCCGGGAAUGGGGCUAGGGGACCCCGGACCUGGGAUGUGGGGCAGGGGUGGGGGGGCUGCAGCAACCCACAGCCCACCCUCCCCUCCGCCGUGCCUCCUCCCACACCUGUCACAGCUCAGCCAUCCGGCCUUGGGGGCCUGAGCUCACCCCGGGCAGGUGGGCGGGCAGCUGGCCGGGCCUGUGACUUGAGCCCAGAGGGAGCCUGCUCCUGCCGCCCCUGCCCUGCCCCUGCCCUGCCGAGCCAGGUCUGCGCUGCCAGCCUGCCUGCGGAGCCCCUUUGUCCCCGAGGCAGGUGGAGGCGGAAGGCCCACCAGCCGCGGCGUCAGCCUUAACCCUCACCCUGCCAGCACCGCCUCCCUCUCCCAGGAGGCGCAUCUGGCUGCUUGUGUCCCCUGGGCCUGUGAGGGUGGAUCCUGCCCCUGUGGCUACUUCUCUGGGGAAUGUGGGUACAACCCCAGGUUGGGGGCCACUUCACCCCCACCGGGGACCCCUCCCUCCGGCGGGCUUCCUGCUGGAAACCAAACCUUAGGUCUCCACCCACCGCCCUCACUGUCUCUGGCCUGCCCCACCUGUGCGCCCUGCCCUCCAGCUUGUAUUUAAGUCCCUGGGGGCCCCACUCCCAGGUGCCCCUCUGGUGUCAUGUCAGGCGUUUUGCAAGGAAAAGCCACUUGGGGGAAGACGGAAAAGGACAAAAAAAAAUCCAAUAAAUUUCCACUGGCCCUCUGGUAAGCUGAGGGUUUUUGCAAGGAA